UAUUAGGAGUUUGGAAGCGUAUGCCCGGUGUGAUACUGAGUGCUAGACACCUGCAAGGUUUCAUCCCGCUUUGGAUUUUAUUCAUAAGAAACAAGAUGUUUUCUUGUUACAGGAUGAAAACAAAUGUAGUGAUCCGACUGGUGUUACUGCUAACUGUCUGUACCUACGCUGUAAAAAGUCAGACAGCAACUCCGGUGCUCACACCUGCUGAUUUGCAAGCCAAAAUCACCACCAAUACUGUAAUACUGAAACAGCCGCACUGUUACUUCAAUGAGACAUGUCCAACCUGUGAGAUAUGGCUGGUGCCAGCAUUGUCCUCAGCAACCAGCACCUUUGAUGCGGACCGCACGAAUAGCAACAUCCUCAGCUUGUCUCCGUACCCAUCAGCAUUCGGUCCUCUAGCAAAAAACUAUUUUCUGACCAAAGUCGGGCUUCUGUCAACCUUUCCAUGUAGUGCGUCUUCAGACUCUCUUUACUUUGUAGUUGGAGCAGAUGGGAAUUGUACUACCGUCAACUGUAAUGGAAUAUUGCCUACUGGAUCUGUUGUUAGAUUCAAGUAUGUUCUUGUCAAUGGAAGCGGCAUUAUUAUUAAUGAGACAAACUGGUCUGCCAACAUCACUCUUUUCACUCCACAAAACCCUGCAAGCAUUUAUGAUGGUUUUAUUGCAAGAUCUGGUGCCAUGGUUGUUAUUACUACCAUCCUCAGUGUGGCUGCGGGUCUACUUUUACUCCUUUUCUUCAUCAUGCUCUGUGUAGUCUGUUGUCGGAAGAAGGAGUCUAAGUCCAUCACAGCUAGGAGCUCAAUGCCUCAGCCCAUCCCAGCUAGGAGCUCAAUGCCUCAGCCCAUCACAGUUAGGAGCUCAAUGCGCAUGCCCCGCUACGACACCCACAACCUGAACGACCGGGUGCAUCCCUAUGACAACCCUGCUUAUGAACUAGAAAGGGAAAAGUAGCAGAGUAACCUCUGAUGGCAUGGCACUGAACUCAAGAAGCUAUGGGCUUACAAAACACCAUCACUGCAUCACAGAAUCCAUGGCAAGCUAUUACUAUGCAGUAUUUGUAGUACAUCACAUUGCUAAAUAAAAAACGGCACUUUCCUAUAGUAAUCCUAAUAUAUCCAAAUAUGUGUUUGUUACAUCUUAAUGGUCUUGUUACUUCAGGUUUCAAGAAUAUUUUCAAUACGGUUACAUUGACCGCACAUUCAAAUUCGGUUCUCUAGAUGGCGCUGUGUAGUAGCUCAGAAAAUAAACAGGUAUGAAAUUUGCAGUACAAUAAUACAGUGUGUUUAAACCGGACAUACUGUGUAUAUAUUUAAAAUACAAAGUUAGGUUAUAGUAAGUUCAUUUAUGGCCAGGUUGUCUUUGUUAGACAUUUUCAGCAAAAAAAAUAUUUUUGAAUAUAUUUUCCUUUGCUGACUAAUGAAUCCUUCAUUGGUUAAGUAUCAAAAAGGCAGAUGUUUAUAUUAUUAUAUAGUUAUAAUAUAAGAUCAUGUCUGUGACAAAAUUGAAAAAUAGUUGAAUAAAAAUAUUAUUUCAGUAAAGUAUCUAAGACUGUUGUUCUUGGCU